AUGACUCGCUUUAAGGAGGACAACGAAUGUUCGGAGAAUGCACGAUGUAUUGAUCUAGAACAUCUAUACAAGUGCGAGUGCCUUCCAUCCUACUCGGAUGCUUCUCCUCCUGGAGCCGUACCAGGCUCGGUAUGCGUGCUGGAUUACUGUAGCGAUGUCAAUUUCUGCCCGACAAACACCACUUGCAAAAAUAUGGAGCAGCAAGCAGAAUGUCGAUGUGACCCCGGCUUUACCGAUAUCAGAAAGAGCGAUCGUCGCACUGCGCUCGGUCUGGGAGACGAUACGUUCUGCAUGCACGUACGAGAUGUGAACGAAUGUGCCCUAGGCCUUACGAAUUGCUCCGGAGUAGCUGAGUGCAUCGACAGGCCAAUCGGCUAUACAUGCAAAUGUCCUGAUGGCUACAUUGAUGGGAAUCCAGAUGAGCCAGGACGAGUUUGUGGUGCUCUAUUGUGCGAUCUCUGCAAUUCACAUGGUGACUGCGUUCACAAUGCACUAACGAACAAUAUCACUUGUGUGUGCACUGAAGGAUGGACUGGAGAGUACUGCCAAGUGAGUGUGCGCUCUUCGUAUUUGGUUGCUCCCUCAAAUGCUUCGUUGGUACUGCUCAUCCUGCUCGCAUUACUCUUCCUCCUGCUCACCUUAUGUUGUUUACUCUACUUCUGCACUAAAUGUCAUUGUUUCAAGAGCCGGGCCAUGGCUGGAGGAGCGCCGUUUGUGUACAGACGAGGAGGAGCAUGGCCGUGGUCUACUCUGGAAGGAUCUUCUUCGUCAGAGAGCGGUGCCGAAUUCUCAGCCCUUAGCGCAGCUGGUCAUGAAUAUUACCCUGAAAUUGGAAUUCCACGAGCAAAAUUAAAGGUGAAACGAUUUGCUGUGACAGUUUCAAGUAAAAGCUUAGAUACGAAAACUCUGAAUAAGGCGGGUGCAGGUGCUUUGGAUACGACAGCUAAAAGCAUGGAUGUUGCAAGACUGGACCAGUAUCUUUCUGAAGGUGGAGUAGGACAGCUAUGUCUUACCUUAUGUCUGUCCAGUGCUGUUCGCAUACCUCGAGCUCAUCUGGUGGGAAGCGCGGCACGUCUAAAUGACUCAUCUGACAGUAUGUCAAGUGCAUCUUCAGAGUACACCAUAAAAGAGGAAGUUGAGCGAAAGUAUCGAAGCUUAUUUCAUGGUUGUAAUCAGAACUUCCCUCCUAAGUUGACGAUCACUUCUAUCCAUAGGUCAUCACUGACGUUACAACAAAAGAAAUCAAGACGACCACUACCACAGACAGCUCGGGUAACGUAG